AUGUUAUCACUAUUGACCAGCCUGGGAUCGUUGAUCACAGUGGUAAGGAUGGAGGAGGUUUUUCAUGGAGAGGUGGAGAUUGUUGAUGGCAAGGUGGACAGUAUUAAUAUCCACGAAAAGACGAUUGAAAUCAAGAUUUUGGCAGGUUAUGUCCAAUUGAAGACUAUGGACCGCCUGGCCGAGGAUGUUCACUGCGAGAUAAAUGCCAUGCAUGGUCAUAUCGUCGCUGUUGUUGUGAAAAUGGUGGCUGCUUGUGGCCAGAGGGAGGAUUCGAAAGGCCAAGCUGAGGUUGCAGUUGGCCAAAUGGAGGCUGUGAAUUGCCAGAUGGUAGCUGGUGCUUGA